GAUAUUUUGGUGAAAUAUGCAGAGCCAGAGAGGUGUGGUGAGUCGCAGAGAAGAGAAGAGAAGAGGCACCAAACAGACGAACAAAUCGCAGCAGAAAAGCCCAUAAUCUCACUCGAAAUUGCACAAGAGGAAUUAUAUUGGUUUCUUGUGCUGGUGUUUGGAAGUCAGUUUCAACUCCGGCAGAUGGAAUACCACUAUUUAAGAGACUGAGGAGCAAAAAGCCUUGUUUUGUACUCUGCAAAGGCGUUGAAUAGUUGAGGUGGCUCCUACAAUGGUGCAAAGUAUGUCAAUAAACACUUUAGUGACUUCUAGAUGCAGUGUUGUUUGUGGAUCAAAUGAUGAAUGGAGGAGAAAUUUUGGUCAAGUGAAGGAACUCCAUAUCCUUCCUGGGCGUGGAAGUUUGUGCCUUUGUUCUUACGGUGGAAGAACCACGUCCUUUGGAGCACCAUGUGGCAUAUCUCGGCCUAGAAGUUUGAGAGUUCAAGCUGGAUGGCUAUUUAAAGGAAGUGAUAAGGGAUCAGAAUUUGAUGCAAGCAGUGAGCAUAGUGAAAGCGCCAAUGAGGAUAUUCUGAUGUUUUUCUUUGAGCUGGACUUGGCAACCCGAGUACAGUACGCCUUGAAUUUGGAGCAGUAUGACAUUGCCCAGCAACUGAGGAACAAGUUGACUGAGGUCGAAUCAGAAGUUAUCAGGCUCCGAGAAAACAGAAGGGGAUCAGCAUCCAAAAGCGAAGCUCAAGAUAUGGCUAUAAGCAUCUUACGUCUACGCGCAGACCUGCAGAACGCCGUUCAGAGUGAGAAUUACAGUUUGGCUGCCGAGCUACGGGAUGAAAUUUCCAAACUUGAAGCAAAGUCUUUGGCUGCAUCAGUAAAAGCGCAAGCAUAUGAAAAUGCCCAAUAUGCUUUUCGUUUAGGCCAGAAAGUGAAGCAUAAGAAAUUUGGAUAUCGAGCUGUUAUUUGCGGCAUGGACCCAGUGUGUUGUGAGUCAAAGACAUGGAUGGAUCGUGCAAAUGUAGAAAAAUUGACUCGUGGUCCUGAUCAACCCUUUUAUCAGGUGUUAGUUGACAUGCAUGAAGACCCCAACCUCUUAGUGGCAUAUGUUCCUGAGGAAAAUUUACAGGCACCUGACAAACAAGACACGGAUAGGUUUGAUCAUCCCUAUGCUUCCUUCUUGUUUUAUGGAAUGGAUGCUGCCGGAGACUUCAUCCCAAUCAAACAGCUGCGCGAGAAAUAUAGCCAACCCCGGCAUGAACUUCCCUAUGAUCCACUUGACGAAGAAGAUGGAAAAGAUGCGUAAUAGUUUGAGGCCUCUAUUUCUUCCAUGGCGUGUUGGGAUGAGGAUUUGAAGAGCAUAAGAUGCAUCAUGCAAUCUUGUUGCAUGUUUCUCAGUUUUGCUUACAGAAGUUUGAUCCCAUUUAUUGGAUUUUUAGAGUACAUGUAAUAACUGUCGCUGUGUAGACAAAGUAUCUUUUGCUUCUUAUUUGAUCCUUGGACAUGAUUCUUGUCCGGAUUUGCCUCUUAAAAGGAGCUAUAUAUGAUUAGCAUAUGUAUACUGUUCUUCAUGUGUAUC